CCCAAUCUCAUCACGACCCAAAAUAUCUCCCACAAUCGAACCCUAACAUCCAAAGAAAUUUGUGUGGCUCCGCUUCAAACCCCAUCCCCGAUCCCUCAUCUCCACAACAGCUCGGCCUCGUUGUUUCCCCUCGCCACCCGCGACCGCGGCGACGACUUCCUUCCCGCUGCCAUCGCGCCAUCGGAUAUAUUGAGCAAUAUGAGUUCUCUUUGUCCAUUUGCUAAAGGCGCUUCAGUUGGUGGUGCCUGUCCAAUGAAAUCUGUGAAUAAUGAAAAACAGCAGGCGGAAAAUGAAAACAAGGGUGACGAAGAAAGCAAUCCUUCUGAUACAGUAUCUCCUAAGUGUCCCUAUGGCUUCGAUUCCCAUACUUUUAAACUGGGACCUCUGAGCUGCAUGAUUUGCCAAAGCUUGCUUUAUCAAAGUAGCAAGUGUAUCCCCUGCUCCCACAAAUUUUGCAGAGUAUGCAUAUCCCGCUUUAAGGAUUGCCCGCUGUGUGGUGCUGACAUAGAGAAGAUUGAGCCUGACACAGAUCUUCAGGUUGUUGUUGAUCGUUUCAUUGAUGGGCAUGCAAGAAUCAAGAGGUCGCAUGGCAAUGCAGAUGCAACGGAAGUAAAAGAUGUACCUAAGACUGUAAUCUAUGGUGAUGUUUCUAUGGAGCGAGGUGCUUUUCUAGUGCAACAAGCUAUGAGGGCCUUCCGUGGAAAAAAUAUAGAGAGUGCUAAGUCAAGACUAAGUAUCUGUGCAGAGGAUAUCAGGGAUCAGUUGCAGACAUCAGGUGAUACACCCGACUUAUGUUCACAGCUUGGAGCUGUCCUAGGACUGCUAGGGGAUUGCUGUCGAGCAAUGGGGGAUGCUAGUUCAGCUGUUGGUUACUAUGAAGAGAGUGUGGAAUUCCUCUCAAAGCUGCCUGCCAAAGAUCUUGAGUUGGUGCAUACACUGUCUGUUUCAUUAAAUAAAAUAGGAGAUCUUAGAUACUAUGAUGGAGACCUGCAAUCGGCAAGAAGUUACUAUGCAAAGUCUUUGGAUGUUCGUCGAAAUGCAGUCAAAGAGCACACAAAUUUGUCUUCCCAGGUUGUUGAUCUGGCAAUUUCUCUUGCCAAAGUUGCGGACGUGGAUAGGAAUCUGGGAAAUGAGGAUGUGGCAAUAGACGGAUUUAAGGAAGCAAUAAGUUGGCUAGAAUCCUUGAAGCUGGAACCCAGUGAAGCUGGAUUAGAACAAAGGCGUCAAUCGGUGCUGGAAUUCCUGAGCAACCAACUUGCAGAAAAAGAACCUCAACAACCUGUUGCUACCGUGUGACAAAAGGCCUCUUUAUUAUGUCCACCGAAUCUACUGCAUAGAGAAGAACAACGCGUAGCUGCUACCUGACACCUUUGUGCUGUGCAUUUCUGGAUUGAUCAGGUGGGCUUGACACAAAACUACUAGAUGGGCUCUGUCUCUAUGUGGUGCAUAUAUCUUGUUUGGUUUGUGGGCCUGUGAUUUGGGUGUAUACAACGAAAAGGGCCGAAAUAUCAUGUUAUUAUUAUGUGCCUAAAGUGUUUCCCUGGAAUUUUAAUAAACUUUGAUUUU